AUGGGUGCUAUGAAGUGGUUGGGGAUUUUUGUUUUACUCAGCAUAUGCUCACAGGUUGCAGCCCAGUCAGAUAUCCAAGUAUCCCUCUUCUCUGCAACAUCCAAGACUGUGAUUCUCAGAUGGACCAGGUACCCUGGAGCUGCUUCAUACAAGAUCAGCACAGCUCUCAAAAGCUCACCAGGCAACCCAAUUGCUUUUGCCACAUUUGGUCCGAACACAGUGAUGGGCUCCAUCAGCGUCCUGUCCCAGGAUGUCCCUUAUAUCUUCACAGUUGAAGCUCUGGAUGCUUCCCAAACUACACUGAGCUCUGUAUCGCUUGAAACAUCAGCAGCCCCUGAUAUAAUGGAUCCCAUCACAACUGUCAAGCCAAAGGAUAGCAGGACCCUGAUAGCAGAGUUUAACAUGAAAUCUGGAGCAAUUUAUUACAUCAUACGAAUUAUGAACACUGAUGGCUUCUUCAGAGAAGACACAGUGUUCUCCUCUCCAGCUGAGAUUGAGUUUCUCAGCCCAUUCACAGAGUACUCACUCAGCAUCAUGGCUGCUAACAACGUGGGCCACAGCCAGCCAUCAACUCCUGUUACUGCAAAGACAGUUCUGCCUCCUCCUGAACUCUCCACCUCCUCUCCCACCAACGACAGCAUCAUUGUGUCCUGGGCCUCUGUUGCUCAUGCUGUCCAAUACACUGUGUACAUAUUCAAGUUUGGUCUUAACAUUCGAAUGAAGCACAACACGACCAACACCAGUCUGACCAUCUCUGGCCUGGAUGCUGGGGCAGUCUACGUCAUCAAGGCUUUUGCAUGGGACCCAAAGGGCCGAGAGGGAGAAAGCAGUGUGUACGUCAACCAAACAACACGACCUCCAACACCAUCUUCUGUCAACGUGUCUGUGGAGAUGAAUAAUGAUGUGGCUGGGCUCUACGUGUCCUGGCAACUGGACCAGGGGGUUCAAGGACCCAUUGAGUAUCAUGUGAGGAGUGACCAGAGCUUAACCUGUAACACCACUUCUGGCUUCUGCAUCCUGUCUGCAGUUGGCUGUGGAGAAGUACACACCAUCCAGGUCACCGCCUUAAACGAUGCAGGGCCUAGCCACCCCUCCACCCCAGUGGUCUUCAUCACCUUCCCCUGCCCACCAGAGUCUCUGGCACUUGUGAAGUCAUCAGAAGGAAACUGCACGCUGACAUGGAACACAGUGCCCUAUGCCAACAGUUACGUGGCCUUCAUCAAGAAGACUGAUGGCAACGAGGAGGCCUGCGACAACAUCAACAACAACUGCACCUUCUACUGCAAUUGUGGCUACACAUAUCUGAUGUCUGUGUUGGCAUUCAACUUGGCUGGUGGGAGUCCUCCAGGAAAAGUACUCAACUACACCACUGUACCCUGUUGUCCAGAGGACGUGUCGGUGUCGGCAGUGAGCACUGACACUCUUGAGAUCAUGUGGACGGCCUCACGGGGGGCAGAGCUGUAUGAGACUUGGGCUGCAGACAGUUCAGCAGUCAUUCUCUGUAAUGACACAGCACCAGUAUGCGCCCUCUCUGAUCUAAGUUGUGACAGCACCUACACUGUUGUGGUGAUACCCUGCAACGAAAUUAGCGGAUGCAACCAUGCUUGCAAAGCCCACACCAAAGACACAGCUCCCUGCAUGCCAACAAAUCUGCAGCUGAAUCUAAAAAACUCCUCCUCCAUCAAUGUGAGCUGGACUGUAAACAACAGGGCUGCUACUUACACUGUGAGUGCAGAUGGAGAUGGAAGCAGACACACCUGCACCACCAGUGGAACCAGCUGUGAUAUCACUGAGCUUCCCUGUGGCUCAACCUAUGAAUUCAGUGUCAUAGCAACAAGCACUGCUGGCCAGAGUUUACCCAGCUACUCUGCCUCACUAGAAACAGAGCCCUGUUGCCCAGUGAAUCUAGCAGUAGAUCAGGUCACUCAGGCGAUGACCAACGUCUCGUGGUCUCACUCGAAAGGGGCGCACUCCUUCAUCACCUCUCUGACAUCAUCACGUGGUCAUGCCCGCUGCCAUACUCAGGACUCCCACUGCCUGAUGGGAUGUAUCACCUGUGGAACAAACUACACUGUCACUAUGGAAGCCUUCAGCCAGAGCGGGCACAUGUCUAACUGCACUUAUCAGGGCUUCUCAUCCAGUGCCUGCUGCCCAUCAGGUGUCAGGCUGUACAUGCUGGGCAAUAACUCCCUGCAGGUUUACUGGCGCAGCACCAGCAGCAGCCACAGCUCCAUCGCAGAAAUGGUGGGAGGCAUCAGCAACUACACCUGCACUGCUGCUCCCGGAGAGAACAGCUGUGACGUUAGCAACAUCCAGUGUGGAGACGUCUAUCGUGUGACGGUGGCCCCGCUCACACCAGAUGGCAGCAAAGUGCUGUUCUGCCCUCAAAGACUGUUCUCAGUCAUUUGUUCAGGAAGCAACGUUGGAACAGUUAUUUACAGAAGGAAGAGAAGUGUCGACUAGCAUAUAAUGCAACGUUCAACAAAUCUUCUUCAUCAUGUUCUUCAUCCUGCAUCAUCCUUCUCCACUGGAACAAAGCCAUGAUUGUAGUUAAACAUAGCAUUCGGCCAAGAUAAAGAGAAAUCAAUUUAAAAGUAGUAAAGUAUUUGUUUUUAAAUGAUGUUUACAUUAUGUGGCCAAGGAAAAGCAUUACUGUACUGUCAACAUGAUUAAUUACUGAGACAAAAAACAAAACAAGAGUUUUUGUACAAGAUGUAUUGUAAAAUUAUGCCAUCACCCUGAUCUACAAAAGACCUAAAUCAAUUUUGUGUUUGAUUAGGAAUAAUGAGGUAUAGAAGGUGUAUGCCGAACAUAUUGAGUUAAUAACAAU